CCGUAGCCUAUACGCGCACCUGGGGCGUUUACCCCAUCUCGCCCUCGACGCAGUUAGGGUUUCUGGCUCUCCCGGAUAACUGCGCCCUUUUGUUUAGGGUUUCGCUCCGGCUGCCUCUACUGAUCACGCCGCCUAGGGGUCGAUUUGACUGUCUCUCCUCUGUUCAACCUUCCCUCCUCCUUUUUAUCGGCCGCUCACGAUGAUAGGGAGGAAGCUUUACAAGACGAAGCUCUGUAUAUUGUUCCAGAGGGGCCGGUGCCCUCGCCAGAACUGCAACUUCGCUCAUGGCGAGGCGGAGCUCCGCCGUUUCGGUGGAUCUUUUCAUGGUCGACGGGAUCAUAGAAGUGGAGACUUGAGAGAUAAACUUGACAGAAGGCAUUCUCCUCAUAGGAGGCUUUCCCCUGAUAGAGAUGCAAGAGGUUAUCAUACUUUUCGUUAUCAAAAGCCAAUCUCCCGUGACAGAGGCUAUAGCCUUUCAAGGUCUCCUGUCAGGAGGAGUGAGAGAAGGCAUAGGAAGAAGCAGCACACUGAUGGAGAAAGUGAUGUUUCUGACAGCUUUAAAGGUUCUGAUGGUCCUGAAGAUAGGAAAAAAGAAGACAAGACUUCAUCUUAUGAUGAGAAAGAUGGCCUCGAAGAGCAGUUAAAGCAACUUCAAUUGGAUAUUGAGAUGCUUGAUGAUCACAAAUCCCAACUUGUGAUCUUUCUGGAGGAGAAGGUUGAUGAAGCACACAAGCUUUCUAGUCGAAUAGCAGAUCUUGAAUCACAACUUAGUAAAGAGCAAGAAGAUUGUAGAAGGACCACUUCAAAAAUUAAAAAAUUCAUUAAAGCUCAUGGACGGUAUAUGAAAGCACAGGAGGAGUUAAAAAGGUCACAAACUCGUCUGCAGAAGAUUGGUGAUCAGCUUGGUUCAGAUACCUUAAAAUCUAAUGCCAAUGAAGAUGAUCCAAGCAUAAAUGUUGUCAGCGAUGGAGAGCCUAAUGAUGAUGGUAAAACAAGUCCAAGGAAUGAUGACAUUCUGAGUAAUGCUUUGUCAAACAAGAAGAGAUCACUUGGAUAUCUGGCUGCAAGCGAGGAAGUAAAAAUUGGGAUUUCACGUAAAAGAGAGAGAGACUCAGAGGUAGUAUAUAAAUCUGAGAAGCUUCCAAGGUCUGAAGGACCUGUCCCGCUGUCAGAAAUGAUCAAUAAAGGUACUGAGACAAUGAAAACAAUCCUGACCAGGAAUAAGUCAUUGGUAGAGGAUUACAAGCACAAACAAGGAAGAAGUGCUUCUUCUAGCAUUGCUUCUUUGGAUAAGGGAAAGGGUUCUGAAGUGAAACACUCCUUGCCUUCGACUGGUAUGGCUGCUAAUGCUGCAGAUGAAUUCAUAGAGGCAGUUGAAAUUGAUGAUAAGCCUGAAGCUAUAGAUGCUACUACAGUCUUUGAUUAUGGUGAUGUUGAUUAUGGGACCAAGUCCUCUUAUAUUCCUCCUGCACCUCCUCCGGUCACUCAAAACACAUACAAGCAGUACGAGGGUGAUGACGAGGAAGUGGAUGUGGAAAAGGUGGACUCUGAGAUGUUAGAUAUUGACCUCAACAGUGAGGUGGAAAUCGAGCAGGUAUGAUAUGUGUGGGCUCUAUGAUGAAGCUGUUUGGUGCGUGCAAUAUUGUCUUGCAACCAUCAUGUUAGAAAACCCUUGGUUACUAUGCUUUUCUCUUUUGUUUAAUAUUCCUGUAAUGUUUAUCUAGAAAUGGAGCCUUCUCAGAUCUAUUUUUGCUUACACAAUAGUAAUGGUAAGGUUCUUAAGUGUCAUAUCUAACUCCUUAUGCGUUCGUUGCCUGUAAAACUGUUUUCUUAUCCAAUUGAUGCUGGAUUUUGCUGUUUUCA